CAUUAAUGAGAAAGCGCCUUUUCAAUUCUUUCCUUGUCAAUGCAUUCCGAUGACGUACUCGUAAAGCAAGAAGAAACGCCACAGAGAAGGAGUGGCAGGUUCUUUGAGGAAAGUGCAAAGCUUCGUUCUAUUUUGAUUGGAGACCAAAGGAGUUUACUUGACUCUAGUGAAGUUUCAUUAAAAGGCAAAGAAGAAGUUACCCGGGAUGAGGAGGAAACUAGGAGCAAAAUAGAAACUCGUUUCUCUUGGUGGAGAAACCGGAGCUCGAAAGGAGAGCUUUCAACUCCAUUAAGAAAACUUUUGAUUGCUGGACUUUACGCAGGUUCUUCUUUGGGGGCAGUUCUUGUCAACAAGUCAACACUUUCACAGUAUAAUUUCAAUUUUCCUCUUUGUAUUGUGUUUCUGCAGCUGUGUUUUUCAAUUUUGUUACUUUCUUGUCUUCACGCGUUUUCCGUGAUUGAGCUGACCCCGCUUAACUGGAAUUAUUUGAAGGCGCUGUUGUUGUCAAGCUUAUUCUUUGUUGCAAACGCUAUAUCCGGAUUGUCUGGUCUAGGAAAGGUGAAUAUUCCAAUGUUUUCGGCCUUUAGGAGACUUUCAGUUUUGAACGUGAUGAUUCUUGAGUUUCUAUUUCUAAAGAAGAAACCUAAAGGUUCUCUUUUGAGAGCUGUCCUAAUGAUGGCCGUGGGAUCUUGUAUUGCGGGUCUUGGUGAUCUCACAUUCAACCUUCAAGGUUAUCUUUUGGUAUUCUUAAAUAAUUUUCUGACAGGUGCGAACCUCGUAUCAAUCAAGAGAGCCUCGAGAGACGCGAAACUUGAUGCAUUAUCUCUGUUCUAUAUAACCUCACUUAUAGCACUUCCUUUGGUUACUUUAUUAUUGCUUUUAUCUGAUGGUACGUCGUUGCGUUCUUUUUAACUGUUGACUCAUUUUUCUCUUUCAGAAAUACCUUUAGUGUACCGAAUAUUUUUGGAAACGGAAUCUUAUCGGACACUAGGCUUCUGGUUUGCUCUUUUUUCAACCUCAACAUCAGCAUUUGCUGUGAAUUAUUUUACGUAUUUAUGUACCCAAGUUAACUCAGCUCUUGUCACAUCAGUAGCUGGUCAAAUGAAGAAUAUACUACAAACCUUAGUAGGGCUUCUAAUGAGUGAUUAUAGAGCUAGUCUGCUGAAUAUUGUUGGGAUUUUCCUUGCGCUGGGAGGAAGUGUUUGGUUUGCGUAUCUGAAGUAUUUGGAACAUGCUUCACGCCCCAAGCUGGGUUUAUGAGAUUGUUUUAGUUUCUCUGUACAGGAACAUUUUAACCUAAAAUUCCUUUGUUCUUUGACCUAGUAUGGAUAUUAGGAAGGAAUUUUUUUAUACAUUUACAACAACGCUAUGAUAUAUUCCGAUCAUUAAAUGUAAAUAAUAUCGAACUGUCAUAUCUUUUUCCUUGUCAGCUUGCUCUCGUUCUUAAGUCGCCAUAUUUUUCUUCUUUCAUUGUCAUGACACACUGCUUACCAGGGAAUUUCUUACCAAGAGGCUUUAUAACUUUUGAAGAUAGAACAACAAGCACAAUGGGAAGGAGUGUCUUUCCCGUUGAAUUGACUUUUAAGAGACU